AUAUCUUUUAUAGAUAAAUCAACCUUAUAAAUAAAAGGAAGAAAUUGGUUGAAGAAAUGAAAUUAUGAAGAAACUGUGAACAAUAUCUUAUAGCUAAAGUUAUUUUCUGCUCUUUUAGAGCACGACACUCUCUGAUCAAAGUUUGUUUUUAGCAUUAGUAAUGAAAGCGUCACUUGUUUUUGUCACCGUCCUCGUAUCAUGUAUGUUACUGACUGCUUUUUGUAAAGAAGAAAAGGCCAAAAACAAAGGAGACGAUGAUGUAGAAGAAAGCAAGGAAAACUUCUUGCUGAAAAGGAAGCUGCACAAACUUAAAAUUCUAAGUCAAAAAGCUGCCAAACGUUUGGCAAAUCUAAAUGACUACUCAACGUUUUAUUCUACGUAUCUGAAGCCCCUGCUCCGAGUGCGAGUUCCUGGUACAAUUGGUCAUCAUGCAGUUAAAGAGUUUAUAACAAAGACCUUAAAAGACCUUGGAUGGACAGUAGAAUUAGAUGAAUUUGAAAGUGAAACACCUAUUGGCACUAAAAAGUUCACCAACAUUAUUGCAACAUUAUACCCACAAGCAGAAAGAAGGCUGGCCCUAGCUGCACACUAUGAUUCAAAAUUACUCACUCCUGAAAAUGGAAAAUACUUCAUUGCAGCAACAGACUCCGCUGUACCAUGUGCAAUGUUGUUAGAUUUUGCGAAGCUUUUAAAAAUGCAAUCAGACAAAAGAGAAAAGAUUAAGAAUGACGUCACUCCAAUGUUGCUAUUCUUGGAUGGCGAGGAAGCAUUUGUGCAGUGGACUAAAAAUGAUUCUAUAUACGGAGCUCGACAUUUAUCUGAAAAACUUGCACAAGAUCCACAUCAUAAAAGAUCACUCGCAGACAACUCAGUUACUGCGUUAGAUGCACUGGAUGCGUUUGUGUUGUUCGAUUUAAUUGGUGCGCAAAAUCCACAAUUUCUUGACCUCUAUCCAGCAACGUCAUAUUUGUAUCAAAGUUUACAACGCAUAGAAUCCAAGCUACACAAGUCUGGUAUAAUUGAUAACCAGACACCGUAUUUUCCUGGAGCACCAAACCGACCAUUGUUUGUGGAGGAUGACCAUAUACCCUUCCUAGAAAAAGGUGUUCCUAUUCUUCACUUAAUUUCGAUCCCGUUCCCAACUGUUUGGCACACUCUACAAGAUGAUGAGUCAGCACUUGAUCAAGCAUCCAUCGAACAUUUGUUAAAAAUAUUCCGCCAGUUUAUGUUGGAAUAUUUCCAUUUAGAAAGUUAACAUAGUUAUUUGUUUACGAUAGGUCAUUCACCGCAUCUUAGCUUAACGUAUUCGGUUUUGUUUUUAGUUUUGUUCGAUUUUCGCUUUUUUUUUUCAUUCGAGUAGAGCCGGGACUGCUUUUAUUUUUUUGUUGCUUGUAUUGUUUUUACAUGAUCCUUUAGCACGCACAUCCAACUUUGUAACAGAGCUUUCACAUCAUCGAUUUUUAUCUCGCUAGGUAAAAUUAUUUUGUUUAUUUAUUUUGACAAUAAAGUUUCAGUUCUGAUGUUUAAAUCGGGUUAGUUAUUAAAAAGCAGAAUUUUAUUUUGCAAUUGUGAAAAUGCUCAGCCUCGUUCGUAGAUGUAAUCUAUUUGAAACAAGAUGAGUUACUGUAGAAUAAA